AUAUUUCACUGAAUGCACAACAAAAAUUAAAUUUGUAAAAAAAAAUCAUUGAUUGUGAAAAAAAGUCUUAUCAAAAUUAUAAAAUAAGUCACGAAACUGUGAAUCAACAAGUGUCAAAAUAUCACAAACGAAUGCACGUGCAUUGAAAUUAUAAAAAAUUAACUUAAUUCUCAAAUGAUAAUUUUUUUAAUAAUUUUAAGUGAAAAAUGUCAAGACUUACAAAAAUCAUAAAAUUGGAGUAAAAAAGUGAGCGCAAAGAGAACACAUUUAAAAAGAGAAGAAAAAAAUGUGAGAAGAUCGGAAAAGACAGUUUAGUAUAAUUUCAGACGUCAAACAGGAAAGAAGCAAAGAGAAAAUUAUUUGCAGAUUAAUUUAUAAAGAUUUCAUAAUCUACAGACUCGAAACAUUUGAUUUUAUGCAAAGAUUUUAUUGGAUUAAAAAAUUUAAAGGUCAAAAAUUCAAGAUUUUUAUAUAAAAUUGAGGAAAACAACAAAAGAAUCUUCUCACAAUUUUAACAACAACAAAGCACAAAUUUUUUUAAAAUAUCAACCAAAAAUAAACAUCAAGGUGCCUUCAUUUAUACAACAUGUUAGUCAUCGACUGCAAAUAGAUUUACGCAAGCAGCAAAAAUUGUGGAUUCGCAAAUUCAACACAAUAAAUUGAAUUUUAUUACUAAAUCAACUGAAACAUUUUAGGUAAUUUUAAAACUCUCGACUUAAUCGCAAGAAUUUGAUAACAGAAAUCAAGGAGAUAAGAUUGGAAUUUUAAAUUGUUAUAAAAAAUUGCUGUACAGUUCAAAAUUGAUGGGAAUUUAAAGGCUGAGCUGAUUUUUUAAUGCACUCAUCAAAAUCAAAUCUGGAACUGAAGGAAUAAAAUGCAAGGUUAAUUAAAUAACCUACAAAAUAGCUCUUCUUUUCUUGGUUGCAAAAAGAAUGAUUUAAUUACAAAACAAGGAUAUUUUAACUCAUGCAAAUAAGAAAACGUAUAUGUUUUCUGAAAAACAACUACUUUAUAUAAAGGACACGUCAUACAUUUAUUGAAGAAAAUCAUUAGAACAAAAAUUAAACGGAAUACUUCGUUGAACUGAAUUUUUAAUUCGAAGUGGACUUUAAUAUCAAUAAAUAAUUCAAUAAAAUUUCAAUCAAAACUGGAUUAACGAAGCAAGAGCUUUCAAAGAUAUUUAAUGACUAAAAUUACCAAUGAAGUAAAAAUUUUAGAUUAAAUUACAAUAAAUUUAAAAGAAGUUGAAGCUGCAAACCAAAAUAAAAACUUGAAUUUUCAUUCGGAAGACAGUCAAUCUUAGUUAUGUUCGGAAAUCAAACUUAGUUUGGUGAUAAAAACAAAAAUCUAUUACAAAAGUACGAAAUUUUGCGGACAAUCAAUCAAUCAAUCAAACAGAUAAGAAAGCAAGUUAAGAAAAACCUAUUAAAAUAGGACCAAAAAUUAAUUUCGUACAUAACCUUCAUCAAAAAAGUACAACUUGAUAACUUUGCUAGAAUUGCAUUAAAAUAUUAAUAACAAAAUGUUAAUUAGCAUCAGGUACGUAUUGAUAAAGGAAAACAGUAUCAAUUUGCAAUGCUAAAACCUUUUUGAACGUCCUCGCCAAAUGCAUUUAACAAUAUCCAGCCUAAUUGGGGUAAAAACCUAAAAAUUAAAUUAAGAACACACCAAAAAAUGACAAAUUUCUACAAAUAAGCUGUAAAGAACAAUAAAACGUAAAUUUUAAUACUCAAUAUAAAGCUACAAUAGCUGCAAUAAAGCGACAUGGAAAUGGAUAAUGAAAGAAGAUCCCAAAGUAGUUGCGAUUUAGAUAAAUCAUCAUCAGCAUAUCACAAACGAAAGCAUUCAUCAAAUUCAAUUAGUAAUAAAAGUGAUUCGUCAGGAAAAAAUUAUAAUCAUAGCAUUAAUAAUGGUCGGAAAAGGCGACGUGUCAGUUGCAAUAGUCAAAAUAAUGAUGACGACGAUAUUUUAAAGCUUGAUCCAAUUGAGAAUUGUGUAAGUCCGUACGCAAAUGGUAGUGUCAACAAUCAUUCUAAUGGACAGAAUCACAAAACUUUUAGUAAUAAUAAUAAUCACAACAAUUUGAAUAAUAACCAAAAAAAUAAUAAUUUUAAUAGUAACAAUUUUAACAACAAUUAUAAAAACUUCAACAACAACAACAACCGCAACAACAACAACAACAACAACAACAAUAAUCGCAACAACAACAACAACAACAGCAACCUUAAUAAUAAUAGCAAUAACAAUAAAAGUAACUGGUACCACAAGAACCAGAGGUACAACAAAGGAAAUGUCAAAAACAAUAAUAAUAAUAAUAAUAAUAAUAAAAAACCCUUCAUUCCGUUCCAACAGCGUAUAAAUGAUCUAGAAGAGCGACUUAAUCAAAAGGAACUUCAAUUAAAAGAGUCAAGGAUUGAUGUGAUGAAUAGAGAAAGUGACAUAACGGAGCUAAGGAUUCAACAUGAAAGAGAUUUUUUGGAGAUCGAAAAGAAUCAUUGCCGGAAAAUUAAGGAAAUUCAACUUAAAGAGAUCGAUUUGAUUCAAAUUCACAAAGAUGAAGCCAUGAAGCUGAGACUCGCAUUAGAAAAUAAAAGAGAUAUAAUAGCAAAAUUAAGGAAAGAACUGCUAGAUGCACAAAAUGAUAUUUUAGUGACUAGAGCGAUUUUGGAAACAACAAAUAAUAGAAAUGUGGAAUUGACUGGGAGGAUUGCUGACCUUUUAGAUACAAAGAAGAAAAAUAUGAGCAAUAAGAGGAUACAGACAGAUCAAAAUGGUGUUAAUGUUGAGACUCAAGUUGAUGAUUUCGAUAUUGAAAUGAAAUUGAAAAUAUUUCAUAUGUCACCUCCACAAUCAAUUGUGGUUCAUUCAACAACAAAGCAUGAUCCACUGCCUGAUAUAAAAUCUGAUGAUCCAAGAGAUUUCAUAUAUAAUGAUAAAUAUAUCAGAAAUGAUAGUUUAGAUUCUGGAGUAUCUAUUGAUCGAUCUGAAAGCCUUCAAAGUCAGCUGUCAAUAGAAAAUGGUCAUAAUGAUCCUUCAGAUGCUUUAAAAUUUCAUUUUCUUUCAACAAACUCUACUCAAAAAGAUAAACAAAAUGAACUCUUAAAACUUAUUUAUAAAAAAAAGUUACCAAAGAAUAAAGUCAAUCAAAACUUGACCAUUAAUAUUGAUGGAACUAAGUCUGAUGAUUAUGUGAUGGUUGACUAUAUUGAAUCGCCUGAUGAAAUGCCUGGAAAGAAUCUUUCAAGUGAGAAUUUGGACAUAUCUAGAGAUUAUUUUGUGGAUCAAUUAAAGGAUUCAAAGGAUCAGGAAGUUAAUGAAUCAGCCAAUCUUGUAGAAAGACUAAAUUACAAGCAAAAUAACCAAGAAUCCGUAAAUUUACAAAACAAUAUUAAGGUAUUUUCUACAAGAUUAAAAGAAGGUUAUGAAGACUCAACAGAAGAAGUACAAGAAAGUUUGAUAAAUUAUGGAGAAAUCCUAAAUGAACAUGUGAUAGACAAGUCAACAGACAGUAUUCAUAGCUCAUCAGGAAAUUCAAUUGAAGAAAAUUCAAUAGACAAAAUUUUACAAAAAGCAGUAAUAAAAUCAACAGAAAUAUUAAAUGAAUUAAAAGACAAGCCACAAGAAUCAUGUCCUGAAUCUACCAAAUUCACAGAGCAAUAUUCAAAUGAAGCAAGAUUUGAGUUAUUAUCAAGCAAUUUAAAAGAAUCAUCCAAAAAUUUAUCAAAAAAGUUGAACUUCAACAAAGAUGCAAUUGAAUCAGAAUCCAACCAAGACAUAAGUACCAAAAUAUCAAAAACAAAAGAGAGUUUUAAAUCUCCAUCAAAAACCUACGAAUUAUCACCAAAAAUUUACAAUAUUCCACCAAACAUUCGAGACUGUCGUCGAUCAUCAUCUGAUUUAUCAAAAGAUUUGUCAAAUUCAAUUGAUAAUCUCAGCAUCUCAUCAGAACUGCAAGAUUUCCUCAACCUUUCUGAAUCAGAACCUAACGACGAAGUCCAAAGCAAUGUGCCAAUUUCUGAAGCUGACUUUCAUGAAUUCGCAGAAAAAUUCAAGGAAAAAUUCAAGAAAAACAUGAUUCAGAAAGCUGCCCGUGAAUCACUUUACAUUCCGAUCAUUCCAUGCUACACAAAUGACAUCGAAAAAACCAAGCAUAGCAAUGAAUCUGUAAACAAUUUUUCUGAUGAAAAAAUUUUGCUGAAUAAUCAAAAUGAACAACGCAUUAAGUCGACUGAUGAACUUAAAACCGCAAAUGAAACCGACAAAAAUGAUAAUAAUAAUCAAGAACUUGUGGAUGCGACCAGAAAUGAUGAAGAAUCUAAACUGACAACAAAUUUUAUUAAGAUAGAAAAUGAUGCAAAUGUGUCAGAGAAUGACACAGACAUUGAUGAGUUUCAUAAAUCAGUUGUGCGGAGUUUAAUAAAAUGUGAGUCAGUUGAAGAUAGCUCCGAUGAAACCAGCUCAAUCAGUAGUCAAUUUUCAACUAGCGCCUAUGACAAUACUCUCAGGAAUGAAAACAUUUUAAAUGAUAAGAUAUUGGCUGAUAAAAAUGUCAUUGAUAAGGACUUACGUGUUGCUGAAAUUGUUGAGACAGAAGUAAUAAAUUCUAUUGGCGUGGCUGAUAAGAGUAAUGAGUUGGAAAAGCAGAGUGUGAAUGGGGGUCUUUCUACUGAUGAAUUGAAGGCUUUUAGUGAACAUGAAUCAAUGUUGAUUUCUGAAAAUCCCAAAGAAUGUGAAGAUAAAAAUCACGAUUUAGUAAAAGCUGACUUGCAGGAUUUAGAAGAAACAAUUAAAAUUCUAGAGGGAGAUUCAGCAACAAACCAUGAAGUUUGUCAAGAAAGAUCACUUAAUUCGGAAAGCAAUAUUGAAAUAAGUGUUGAUAAUAUUAAAGAAUCUUGUGAACCAUCAGAAACUUUAACUCAAUUUAAGGAAUCUGUGCUCGAUUUUUCAAAAAAAUCGGAAAAAACAUUAAUAGAAGUUGAAAAGCUCAUCUCUCAAAAUUCAAUAAAUACAAGUCAAAGUGUAGCAGAACCUCUAAAAAUUUUUACUAAUCUAAUCUCAAAUGAUUCAAAUGUCGCAUCCCAAACUCAAAAUUCCCCAAAAGUUACUCAAAAUUCCUCAAAAAUGAUUCAAAUCCCAACAAUCCUACAAAAUUCAUCAAUAACACAGCCUAUUACCAAACCCCAACCAUAUGUCCACCAAAAUAUCCUUAAAAAUACGAAAAAGAUGAAAAAGAUCGAUGACAAUUGCCCAUCGUACCUUCAUUCUUUCCAAGAUUUCUUAACCAAAAGUUGUAUUGUAUUCAACCCAGCCUUAAAUUCUGUUGAAAAUGUAAAAUCAGUCCAACAAAUUCCCAGUGAUGAUUUGGAUAGGAAUCAACAAGAGCAGUUCAAAAAGGAACUUCAACAAAAACAGCGUACAAAAAAGAUAGUAAAGCGGAGAGAAUCAAUUUUGGUAGACAAUUUUAGAGUUAAAAGGCAGAAAAUAGAGACUCGAAGUGUAGAUAAGAAGAUGCAAAGUGGUGAGGUGUUAAAAGCUGCAGGAAAAUUGCAAAAUAUAGUGGAACAUCUAAACGACCUUAAAAAUCCAGAGUUGGAAAUCGAGAAAGAAAAAGUCCCGCAAAAUUCAUCAUUUGUUCUACAUCAGCAAAAUAUUAAUGAAACUCAGUCAAGAAAUGACUUAUUGUGCUCAAAACCUAGAAAUGUUAAUCAAUUUCCCUUUCAAUUCAAUAACAACCAAAUUGUGUCAAAUUUUAGUUCAAAUGAAUCAAGUUUUUCACCUCAAACUCAAACGUCAAAUUAUCAGAUUUUUGAAAAUCAAGCAAACGUAAUUAGGAAUCAUUUAGGAUUAAUUGACUAUGGAUCACAUUUGAUCUGUACUCCAUACGAAGGAUGCAAGCUAAUAUCAACUGAUUUUCAAACAAAUUCUGUCAAUAACCAACAACUUGUUGUUCCUGGUCAGGGUUGUGACAAGGGAUUAAUAAAUAAUGAGAAGAAUAAUCAUUCUGAAGUCACCAAUGGAUAUGCUGACAACUAUAAUCAAAAUAUAAGUGAAGCUGGCUGCACUUCAAUUGAAAAUGAUUCAAUUCCUACAGUCAAUCUACAUGAUUCACAAUAUACUCAGCAUGAACCACUAGAAAAUGGGAAUAAGCGUUGCGUCAUUAACGAUUUAUCUAAAAAUGUGGUAGAUUUGAAAAUACUCAGUACGACUCAUAAUGAUUCUCAAAUAAUACAUAAUGAUUCAGUUCCUGCAUCAAAUGAAAAUUAUUCUGGUCGAGUAAAUGAGCUUAGACACUCUCUAAGCUGUUCACCAGUUAGUUCAGUAGAAUCCAGAGAAUAUUUAAGAAGUAUAACUCCAGAAUAUAAAGGAUCACCAAGCAGCAGUAGUGGAAAUGAUUUUGUAAUGUCUCCAGUUGAGUCAUUUGAGAAACAAGAAGCAAGUCCAACAAAAAAGUCAAGUCCAUUCAAAAAUAUUAAGUCACCAUUUAAAAUUGAUCAAAAGAAGUCUCGAAAUCUACCAAGUGAGGACGAAAUGGGAGUUUGCAGUCAAAUUGUAGCUACAACUCUGAAAAAAUCACAACAACAACGUGAAAUGUCAAGAAGUUCAGAGGAAAGAAUGUUGCAGAGUGGUAAUUUUCAAGGAUAUUCAAGAAAUGAACAGUUUUAUGGAUAUAGGAACGAAAGAGUUGAAAGUGGAUUUGUCACAAGUGAAGGCAUUGAUAGAAAUGACAAAUUUGAUAGACACAACGUCAACAAUAGCUCAAAAUUUAAUGAAAAUAGAUUCAAUUUAAGGCAUGAUAAAAACCGAAGAAAUUCUGUCCAUGACUCGGUCCACAACAGACUUAAUGUAUCGCCAAAUGACAAAAAAUUCUUCGAGAGAUCAGGAAGUCUCUUGUCACAAGAUCUGCUACCAAAAAGUUCAAAAUAUUUGAGAUCAAAUUCUUAUCAAGAACCUCAAUUCAAACAAAAUUCAAGAACACCUUUAACAAUCCCAUUUAAACCUAUAAAGGAACCAUCUUUCACUAAUGACAAUCCAAAUAUUCAGCAUAUUAAGAACAUAAUUCCAUCGCCUUCUUUAUCACCACCGUCCUUAAUUAUUGACGAAAAUAAUUUCAAGCGAGCACAGAACAAAAAUGAAAUUUCACAAUUGGUUAUCGCGGAAUUAACGGUAUUUUAUGAGUUAAAAAAGUUUGAGUCUGAUAAUCCAAAGGAAUUAUUCAAGAGUAUGGCUAGAGCGAUAACUUAUCAUUUUUAUGAUAAAAAUCCAGAUAAUGUGCCCAAUAAGAAUGCUAUAAAAAAUUAUGUCAUGGAAGUUUUUUUCAAUUAUGGAACAAUCAGGUCGGAAAAGGAUUUUUUACUGUCGGAGGAUUAUGGUGAUGACUUUUAAUGGGAAAAACAAUGUUUAAUGGUUACAAAAUAGCGAUUGUCCAGCAACAGUGAUGGUGGAAUUUUGAAAAAAAAUUAGGAACUUGUGACCCGAAUGGCACAAAUCGGUUAAUCGAUCAGAAAUCCGCAUCAAGCUGGUGGGAAUGUGGCAUGGUGCUAGAUGUAAAUCGAAGCCAGCACAAUGCCAGAGUCAUACCAGCUUGUUGCUGGAUUUCUAAUUGUUUAACCGACUAGUGCUUUUUGGGUGAGUUUAUUGAGUCUGGUUGGAACUAAAAGCUUAAAUUCAAUUUGGAAAAAUUGCCUUAAUUUCGAGCUUGUAAAUGUGUUUUGAAAUUAAUGUUGUAUUUACAGUGUUGGUUCAAGCAAAUGUGCGGAAUGAAAAUUCGAGUCUUUACAAAAAUAUUAAAAAUGAUUGCCAUAAAGUUUUCGGUAAAGACUUUUUAUACCUGGAGACUAGUCGAAGUAAAAGCAUUUAUUUACAAAAAUUUAUUUUGAUAGUUUUACUUUUAAUAUUAAAAAUAAUAAUGAUAAUAUGAACCUUAGCGACACAAAGACAUGAUUUUCAUAUUUUUUGGAAUGCUUAUUAAUUAUUACUUUUCAUAACCAGAGGCGUAGCCAGGAAUUUGAAUAGGGGGGGUGGGGGUUCAAAAAUUUGAAUCGAUAAAAUUAAAGAGAUAGGAGGAUGGGCGGAGUUUUAGGAUUUAUUGAUAAAAACCCUACCAAAAUGAAGAAAUUUCUGAUGAAGUAGGAGGAUUUGUCACUUAAACCCUCCCCCCCCCCCCUUCUUUGCUUUGCCCCUGAUUCUAACCUUUAAAGUGUCGCUUGGGAAGUGUUCAUUUCUUUUAAGAGAUCAAAAUUGACAUGAAAUUUGAAAAGAGACUAAAUCGACUUCGAGCUCUGAAUGAGUCAUUAAGUAAAUGAAUUUUCAUAACCAAAUUAUGUCACUCAGUUCUCAAGUGUUAGUGAUAACGUAAAUAGGCUGAAAUUGUUAAUUUAUGUGCCUUUAUAAUAAAAUAAACUUUUAAUAUAAAAUGCACCGAUGAUGUUUGAAUUCAAUAGCUUAAUAAUCGAAAAGAUGAAAGUUUUUAAUUGUAAGAAAAUAGGUAAAAUCAAAAGUAUUUUCAAAACAAAUAUUAUUUUGAUAUUUUAACCAAUUUUAACAUAAAAUGUGAAUUUUGUAAAGUAUUGACUGUUGCAUAUGCCAGAGGCAAUUUAUAUUUUUAAAAUAAAUGAGUGAAUGUUGUAUGUUUC